GGCGGUGGGCUAGGGUCGGGGCUCCCAUCGGCGAGUAGCGUGGACACGCCCCCAUGCAAGCCAGGGAGGGGUCCGGCGGCGGUGAGGACCAGGACACGCCCCACAUGGGGCUAAGCAAGGUAUGAAGCGGGAGGUCUGGCGAGUGUCUCCCCAGGACUUCCUCAGUUUCCUCAUCGGGAAACCCGGAUGGUAAUAAAGCUCCUCUUUCAUAGGGCUGUGUGGAGAGGCAGCUCUCAGCCAGUGCUGGGCGCGUGGUGGGAGCCGCAUUAAUGGGCAGCUGGUAUGAUCUCACCAUCGCGCUGACCCUCCGCGCUGGCCUGGAACGCUACCAGCGUUCUCCUGUGACAAAUGAGAAAAUGAAGCACGCAGAAGUUAGGUGACUUACCUAAGGUCACACAGCUGGAGGACGGUGGGUCUCAGACCAGGUUUGACUGCAGAAUGCACACGCUGCCUCCCACAGUAACUGUCACUCUGUUUGGGUCCUGACUGUGUGCCAGGCCCCUCGCAACACCUGGUGAGAUGUUAGAUAAUGCACCGGUGUUAUCUGUUUUACAGCAGAGGAAACAGGCAAGAGAGAGGGGGGGAAGGCUCCCAAGUAGUAGAAGAGGGACUCAACUCCGGUCUCCCCUCAGGAUGCUGCCACCUGCCCUUUGCUUCCUGUGCCCCUCCCACCAGGUCCUGGCUCUCUCCCCAGAGGCUGGGGGCAGAGCAAUCACCUCCAGCUCCAGCCAGCGUCGACGCCGUCGUGGGCUCCUCUGGCGCCUCCGUGACAAGCAGUCUCGCUUGGGCCUGUUUGAGAUCGGCCCGGGGCAUGAGCUGCACGGGGUGACGUGUAUGAUGCAAGCAGGGCUAUGGGCUGCCACCCAGGUCUCCAUGGACCACCCGCCUACGGGGCUGCCCUCCCAGGAGGAUUUCUCUGAGGUCCUGACCCAGGUUCACGAGGACUUCGAGCUGGGCACUCUGGCUGGCCCAGCCUUUGCCCGGCUGCGCCGCACCCUGGGCCUGGCAGAGGAGGAUUACCAGGCUGCGCUGGGCCCCGGUGGCCCCUACCUGCAGUUCCUCAGCACCUCCAAGAGCAAGGCCAGCUUCUUCCUGUCCCACGACCAGCGCUUUUUCCUGAAGACCCAGCGGCGCCGGGAGGUACGGGCGCUGCUCGCCCACCUGCCCCGCUACGUGCAGCACCUGCAGCGGCACCCGCACUCGCUGCUCGCCCGGUUGCUGGGAGUGCACAGUCUGCGCGUGGCCCGGGGAAAGAAGAAAUACUUCAUCAUCAUGCAGAGCGUCUUCUACCCAGCCGGCCGCAUCUCUGAGAGGUAUGACAUCAAGGGCUGUGAAGUGAGCCGCUGGGUGGAGCCAGCCCCUGAGGGAAGCACCCUUGUCCUGGUGCUAAAGGAUCUCAACUUUCAGGGCAAGACCAUCGAGCUGGGGCCGCAGCGCAGCUGGCUCCUCCGGCAAAUGGAGCUGGACACCGCCUUCCUCCGGGACCUCAAGGAGCUGGACUACAGCCUGCUCAUGGCCUUCCAGCGCCUCUGCGAGGACGAGAGGCACCCGGGCAGCAGCCUCCUUUUCCGCACGGCCAGGUCUGUGCAAGGGGCACAGAGCCCCGAGGAGCCUGGAACCCAGAACCGCCGGCUGCUGCCCGACUCACCCAACGCCCUACACAUUCUGGACGGGCCAGAGCAGCGCUAUUUCCUGGGCCUGGUGGAUCUCUCCACGGUCUACGGGCUCCGCAAGCGGCUGGAGCACCUGUGGAAGACUCUGCGCUACCCAGGCCAGACCUUCUCUACCGUCAGCCCGGCUCGCUACGCCCGUCGCCUUUGUCAGUGGGUGGAGGCGCACACCGAGUGACCCGCGCCUGGCCCCACUUUUCCCAUCUGGACUGCCGGCACAAGCCAGGUUCCCACCCGGCCUGGGCAGAUCGCCUGCUGUUUCUCCCGAUGGCCACCAGAGGGCAGCAUCCCUUCAAUACUGAAACAAUGGUGCCACAUUCGAUGGUGGUGCCUGGCACCGUGCUGGAGUCUCACAUUAGCUCAUUUAACCCUCAAAAUCUGCUGUUAUUCUCUUUUUACAGACCGUGAAAUGGAGGCUCAGGGGGUGAAAGGACUGACCAAGAGCAUCCAGCAAUAAAUGCUGGCACCAGGACUCAACCCUGCCUUUAGGACUUCAGGACCUGUGUCCUUAACCACCUGCUCCGGCAGCCCUGUCCUCAUGGUCUGGGGAGGUGGGGAGAGUUGAAGGCUCCAACCCCCUUGUUGUCCAGAUGGGGAAACUGAGGCUCAGAGACUGAAGGGGCUUGUGCAUGAGUAGGUGACAAGGUCCAGCACUGAGAACCCUGGUCUCCUGACUCCCGGCUCCUGGUCCAAGCAAGGUCCCACUUGCUUUCCUGUGGGGCGUUCCCCCAACACUCCUGCACCUCCAGGGAUGCAGGCAGGAGAUGGCACGGGGCUCUGGGAGGCACCCUAAUGGCCCCCACUAUCGAUUUCUGGUGAGCUCACCUUCAUCAGGGAGUCCUUUUCCGCACCUGUGAAAUGGGGACAAGGUCAGUGUUCAGACCACAGGUCCUGGCUCACAGACAUCACCAGGAACCUGCAGAGGCCCUGCCCACUCCUCCCUCCUCCAGGACGUUCCGGCCCAGCCUCUGACCCCAGUCUAAUCUGACCGUGCCCAAGUGGGCCUUUCCACCAGAGCUGCUCUAGGCCCGGCUGUGUGACCAGGGCAAGGUGCUACACCUCUCUGUGCCUAGGUGGUCUGAGCUGUAAAAUGGAAAGGACGAAAUGACCUCAUUAAGUCAUUAAAUAUUUUUUGAGAGUUUUUUUUUGCUAUAAGGCACGUGCACUCGCCAGAAAGACAGAGAGAGACAGAAAGACUACAUGGGAAUCCU